AUGGCAGAUGCUUACGACAUAAUCGACGAGUCACGUCUUCUUCCUAACGUUCAAGACUCAUUUGGUCGUCAAGUAAGAAUAAUCCACCCUGGAUACUACUGCUCGGGCGGUGAUCCGGAUUUUGAUGUCCUCAUUUCCUUUGAAGCUUUUGAUGACGGCGGUUCUGGGGUUGACUACGACACAGCCCACAUAGCUUGCGCUAUAAUCGCUGGUAAUAUCUGGGAUGGGUAUUUCUCCAAAGAUCCUCACGGAAAAGAAAAGAUACAACCGCCAAAUACAGUCCUUAGUUAUGGGCGCUACUAUUUCUGUCUCCCCUCGUCUAAUGAUCCCUCGACCGAUCAGUACCCUGUAAUUCCUCGCUUCAAAGACUGGCGCUUUCCACACGAUAAUCUUCCAUCCAUUUGGAAAAGACUUUAUUCCCAAUACCGCGCCAACGCCAGCCCUCGCUGCGUAAUGAGUAACUGUGGCGACGUCGUGGAACAAGCGCAUCUUGUACCGUCGCAGCAAUCUUCAUGGUGGACACAAAACUUGAUGAAAAAGUAUUCUAGGACGAGUCUUUUCUCGACGGAUCAAAUUGAUGCGCCGGCGAAUUUAUUACCGCUGCGCUGUGAUAUUCAUAAGAUUUUUGAUGAGAGACAUUUUGCUUUUGUGCCUAAGAAGGUGAUUUCUCGAGAAGCGAGGGAGAAGCAUAUAGAAGAGGCCCAGGAGACCAUUGCGGAACAACUGCAGGGCGAUGCUGAGAGAAGCGGCCCAUCACCCGACUCACAACUUCCAAUACGAAGUUUAGAACCCCCAUACAACUCUCCUCAGACCAACUCUCCUAUUCACAUAGUCGGCCAUGUCUUCAACUCGACUCCAAGUGGUGAUCUCCCACGACGCUUCCACAACAGAGCCAUCCACACACUGCCAUCAACACUAUCUAUCGAUCUUCUUUUCGCCCGCUUCGCCUAUACCAUCUUCUCACCCUCAAUAUUUAAAGAUUUUCUCGACUCGGAUAAAGGGCGGUAUAUUAUGACCUGGGAUCAUGAGAAGAAACGACACGAUGUUGGGUUCGCGAGUGCAGAGAAAUGUCAUGCGAUUUGGAAUGCAAGCAGGUCGAGGAGUGAGAGUCCGAGGAAGAGAUCCAAGGCUGCGGGCGAUGGGCCAGAGGAUGGUUAUGCUGCGGGACUGGGAUCAGAUGUGGAUAGUGGCUAUGGUGAUAACUCCCAGACGAGUCUUGAUGAAGAUGGACCGAGACGGGUUCAGAGAGCUAGCGAAACGAACGAAGCCUAA